AUGUACUUCUUCCUAUUCAACCUCGCCCACCUCGACCUUGGCACCAUCUCUACCAUUGUCCCCAAAUCCAUGGCCAAUUCCCUGUGGAACACCAGGGCCAUUUCCUACUCAGGAUGUGCUGCACAAGUCUUUCUGUUUGUCUUCUUGUUAGGAGGAGAGUAUUGUCUCCUCACUGUCAUGGCCUGUGACCGCUACGUUGCCAUCUGCAAACCCCUGCACUAUAGCACACUCAUGGACAGCAGAGCCUGUGUCAAAAUGGCAGCAGCUGCCUGGGCCAGUGGUUUUCUCAAUGCAGCCCUGCACACUGCCAACACAUUCUCCAUAUCCCUCUGCCAAGGCAACACAGUGGACCAGUUCUUCUGUGAGAUUCCCCAGAUCCUCAAGCUCUCCUGCUCACAUUCCUACCUCAGGGAAGCAGGCCUUCUUGUGGUUAGCCUUUGUUUAGUCUUUGGGUGUUUUGUUUUCACUGUGGAGUCCUAUGUGCAGAUCUUCACUGCUGUGUUCAGGAUCCCCUCUGAGCAGGGCCAGCACGAAGCCUUUUCCAUGUGCCUCCCGCACCUGGCCGUGGUCUCCCUGUUUGUCAGCACUGGAUUUUUUGCCUACCUGAAGCCUCCCUCCUUCUCUUCCCCAGCUCUGGAUAUGGUGGUGGCUGUUCUGUACUCUUUGGUGCCUCCAGCAGUGAACCCCCUCAUCUACAGCAUGAGGAACAAGGAGCUCAAAGAUGCCCUGAGGAAACUGGUUCAGCGCAUCCUAGGUCAGCAGCAAUAA